AUGCCAAAAAAACGUCGUCAAUAAUCCGAUUUUUGGGAUACUGUCCACGACAUUAAAAAACUAACAUAACCACAUCUAACACACAAUAAAAAACAUUUUAUAGAAAAGCCUGGCAAAAAAAAAUAAAAAGGCUAAAACACCCCAUUACCUAUUUUAAAUGGUAUUAGGAAGAAAUAUAUAAGUGAUGUCAAACAAGAACAGGAACAUAAUAUUGAGCAUAACAUCUAAUAUAGGUCUGAUUUGAAAAAAGACUUAACUUUGUUAAAAACCAUGAAAUAAAAGAAAAAUUCCUUUUAAAAAAAUCAAUAUAAAUUUAAGAAUAUGAGAGCCAAAGGCGCAGGUAAAUUCGAGGAUGGCACACUCAAAUUCACCAAUAGAGAUCUUAAGAAAUUUAAUAAAUCCAAAUGA